AUGGCAUCGGCUGUACAGGAAAAAGCAAGGCCUGCCCGUCCUCCUGCCAUUGUUCGGCCCCCACCUGUGCGAGCCGAAAUAGUAAAUGAGAGUGCAGUUAGGACGAAUAUGCUCAUUAUACGACUCGAUCGACUUAUCAAUGAGUGCCCGUGUGACCCUUCGAAGAGGAAAGAGUUUGAACGCGAGGUUGUUCCAUGGUCUGCCGAUUCUGAAUCGUUGCACUGUACUCGAUGUGCUGCUAAGUUCAGCAUCGCACGUCGACGGCAUCACUGCCGGCUUUGCGGACGAAUGCUGAACAUGACGCGUUCACACUGCGAAGCAUCACCGUCACAUAGUCGCCGAUUGUUGGAAAUGACUCAGAAAACGACCGGAAAGGUGAUCUCGUUCAUUGAAGGAGCCGUUUCCAAGAUCCAGACGACGGAUGGCAGUGAAGUCAGUCUCGGCUCCCUACUCCAGCAGGAUGCUCAAGAAUGUUUGCGAGUUUGUGGAUCAUGUAUGGCGGAUUUGAGUCGACGGGAACAGAUGAUGGAACAAAGAAACCCUCCUGCUCUUGCCGAGCAGUACGAAACUCUGGAUCGAAUGAUUGCAGAGGCAUCGGCGAUGGUACCGAGUUAUACGCGGAUGUCCGACAGCAUCAAGUAUGUACCGAAACGUCUACUGAUAUUUGUCUACACGAGGGAGAACAUGUACCGCAUUAGCAGCUUUGCUGAGCAACUUCGUAGUCGACUGCUUCAAAAACAACGUGAUAUCGACAGUUUAAGUCAGAGUAUUGUUGCUGAAGCAGAAAAUGAAAACUGCGGAGUGAAAGAGGCUCAACUUAGGAAGAACAUUCGAUUCGCAUGUGUGCAAACAUUGCAGAGCAUCAUGUCCUCAUUGGUGUCUUUACCAACAGCGCAACAGUACGAGAAACUGGUUGAAAUACAUAAGAAGGAAGUUGGUCGUCAAAUUGAGGAGUCUCGCAUGAGAGCCGCGAAUGAAGUUGUUGGAGUGCGUCCACUGACUAGAUACCUAGCGCAAGCGGCGACGGCUGGGCGUUUGGAAGAAGUGGAAAUGUUGGAACGGAAUUUGCGGGAUCUUGAAGAUGAGAUGUUGAAGAUGGGCUUGAUUUCGCCAACUUGA